AUUGCGAAGCGGACUUUCUUGAGUCUCGUCAGGCUGGCAUCGAUAUGCACGCAGCCAUCAAGUGCUUAACGGCAUAAUUCGAUUUCCUGUGGAGACCGAUUUAUCAUUCUCCUCUGCAAAACGUUCAAUCCCUCUUUUCUCCUGGACGGGGUAUCUUUGAGGGCCGCAAUGAUGUACCGCCCGCUGGCCUUCAGGUUCUUGAGGGCCGGAAACAUCCAUGGAUCCAGGGCUUCAGAGCCGGCCUUGAUCCCCCCGCCCCUGAUAGCGGGGCAACCGGCGGACCGGGCGAUGGCCGAUGCACCCCCUGCUUCCGAACCCCGGGCCGAGGCUCAGCUGCUGAAGGGACAGUUGAUGACAAGAGGCAUCAAGCGCGGCCGCGGCCGCCCACGCAAGGUGCUGACAGGGGAUAGAACAGUACGUCCUCUUGACGAUGGGCCGAUCACCAGCUACCUCACCCAAGAUACG